AUGGAUUUUGUCUUUGACAGUGAAAUUUCCAAAGAUUCCUUGAAGGCCAUACUGUUGGAAUUAGAAUGUCACUUUACAUGGAAUUUGCUUAAGGAAGACAUUGACCUACAUGAUGUGGAAGACUCAACUGGGCAGCAGCUUGAAUUUCUUACCUCAAAAUCCAGGCUUGCUCUUCAUAACUUACUGGCAUAUGUGAAACACCUAAAAGGACAAAGUAAGGAUGCCCUCAAGUGCUUGGAAAAAGCAGAAGAUGUAAUCCAAAAAGAACACCCAGCUGAAAAGGGAGUGUGUAGUCUGGUCAUUUGGGGAAACUAUGCUUGGGUGUCUUAUCACAUAGACCAGUUUGAAGAUGCUCAGAAGUAUAUAGACAGGGUAAGAAAUGUCUGCAGAAAAUUAUCCAGUCCUUCUAACUAUAAAUUGGAGCAUCCCAAAAUUGACUGUGAGAAAGGAUGGGCACUUUUGAAAUUUGGAGGAAAGUAUUACCAAAGGGCUAAAGCAGCUUUUGAGAAAGCUUUGGAAGCAGAACCUGACAAUGCGGAGUUUAAUGUAGGCUAUGCCCUCACCGUGUACUGGCUGGACGAUUUUGACAGAGAAGGGCCUGUGAAGAGCUUUUCUCUGGGACCCCUGAGGAAAGCCAUUGCCCUUAACCCAGGGAACACCUACAUCAAGGUUUUCCUGGCACUAAAGCUUCAAGAUGUACAUGCAGAAGCUGAAGGGGAAGGGUACAUUGAAGAAAUCCUGAACCAAACAACAUCUCCUUAUGUCCUUCGUUAUGCAGCGAAAUUCUACAGGAGAAAAAAGUCCUGGGACAAAGCUCUCGAACUUUUGAAGGAGGCCUUGGAGGUGACACCAUCCUCACCUUUCCUGCAUCACCAGAUGGGACUUUGCUACAGGGCACAGAUGAUCCAAAUCAAGAAGGCCACCCACAACAGACCUAAGGGAAAGAAUAAACUGAAGGUAGAUGAGCUGAUUCAGUCUGCUAUAUUUCAUUUCAGGGUGGCUGUGGAGCAAGACUCUAUGUUUGUGUUUGCCUACAUGGACCUGGCCAACAUGUAUGCUGAAGGGGGGCAGUACAGCAAUGCUGAAGACAUUUUCCAGAAAGCCCUCCAUCUGGAGCACAUCAUCGAUGAUCACAAACAGCAGAUCCACUACCAAUAUGGCUGCUUUCACGAGUUUCACUGUAAAUCUGAGUAUGCGGCCAUCCAUUGCUAUUUAGAAGCCUUAAAGGUCAAAGGCAGACCAUCCCUGCAUAUGAAAGAGACCAGUGCUCUGAAGAAAUUGGCUACCAAGAGACUUUAUCACAAUGCUCUGGACGUACUGAGUUUAAGUGCCCUAGGAUUUGUUUACAAGCUUGAGGGAGAAACGAGGCGAGCCAUUGAGUAUUACCAGAAGUCCCUAAAGAUAGAUCCAGAAAAUGAAGAAUUCCUUACUGCUGUCUGUGAGCUUCAACUUUCCAUCUAAAUACACGCACCAGGAGAUUAGUUCCAAGCAUUCUCCUCCAUUUUGGGGCUCUAAUAUCUUUGUUUAUUGUUUUAAUCCAUUGAUCAUGAUACAAUCACUGUUAAUUGGUUAUGUUGUACCAGGCCUGAUACUAAAUACUCUGUGUACAUUGUGAUGAACCUGUUUUCUUU